CCAUCCCCACAAUUUUGAAUCGACGAAGUGAGGAGCGUGACAGAGUGAAUUACCGUCGUCGUCGAGGAGAUCGACUUUGACAACGGCGUCUGCUUAUGGUGUGAUUCACGGAGUCCAAAAUGCGUUUGUGGCGUUCCAUGCUAACGAGAAGCAAACGGUGGCACACCAUGUCCACAAUGCACUGCGAAUCAUGGCUCCAUGGGACGCAUCGUGCAUGACACGUCCAAAACCGCCCGGACGAUGCGCCCGCGACGAGUGUAGAGAACUCGAGUGACUUUGCGAAUGGUGGAUGGAAUAACGAUGGGGAAAAGCUAGACUAGCUUCCCCGUCGCGAGUGGAAUCCCCUUGGCAUCGUGGGCGUCGGGGACGACCUCGACCACGACGACAGGGGUCAUGGCAACGCCGUAGGGAGAUUCGUUGAUUUCUCCCUCCUGUUGUUGCAAUCGGCACCGUCGAUGACGACACCAUCGGCGGCAACCUUUCUUGAUGACGAAGACCAGCGCGACAACAAACAGGACUCCCAAAAUCGCGUUCAAGCCCGAGCCCAUCUCUGUCAGAUGCGACGCGGUGUGGGCUGGAGCAUUGUGCAGCGCCAUUCGAGUGACCGGGUUGGACGCGGCCACUUCGAUCGCCCCAGAUACGCGGGCAGGGGAUCGACCCACCACGGCGAUGCUGCCCGAACCAGAUUUGUCCACGCUGAUCGACUCGACCGAGCUCAAGUACAUGCUGCCGCUCCCAGACAAUGUCGCGUUCGUCGACUGGCACACGACCGCCCCAGCUUGAAUGGUGCCAGAGCCACUCACUUUGGCGUCGUGCUGGCCACACGAUCCCACGUCGGCCAGCGUGACGCGCCCCGAUCCGGAAAUGGACGUCGUCAACGUUGAUGUCGCAUGGAGCGACUUGGUGGCGAGGAUGUAGAUGUCGCCGGAUCCAGACACGUCGGCACGCACCGUCGGGCCGUCGAUCGUCGUCGCUGCCACCACGACCUCGCCUGACCCCGAGAUGCUCGCGCCCAAAGCCGACGACACAGACGGCACGUCCACUUGGAUGCGACCGGACCCCGACACGUCCAGAUUGAGUCGGUCCAAGGACAUCGGCGAGUCUUGAAUAAACACGUUUCCGGACCCCGUCAGCUUGACGUCCACCGACUUGGUGCCCAACACGCGGGGAUGCACUACGACAUGGCCGCACCCGUCAAACACAACGAGCUGCAGAACGCUGGACGGGACGUAGAUGUCGAUGAGGUAGUCGCCGGACCAGAACCAAAACGUGUUGGCCCAAGUUUGCUGGAGGUCCACCUCGAGGGCCUUGAUACCAGCGGACGUGGUCACUGAAGUGAACACGAUCCCGUCCACGAUUCGCUGGGACUCGGACCGGACGACGGCCGAGAUCACGUCGACGCCGGCGGGUGCUUCGUAGAUGAAAGCGGAUUUGCCCAGGACGAGGCCUCGAAUGUCCGACGCCGAAGCGUUGAACGUCUUGGACGGCCAGGAAUCGGUGGCAGACAUGUUGAAUGCAGUCGAUUUUCCAAA